CAGAACAACGAUUUGAGGCUGCUGGAGUCAACGGAGUCGGAACACCAGAUCAGCACCGCGCUGCCCGCGCCGCCCGAUAUACCAUGUCGCUGCCACGACAGUUUAUAUUUGCUAAUCAGGAGCUGUCGAAGCUGGACGGCGGCGUGCUGGGCUCGUCCGCGCCGCCCGCGCCGCUGCCCGUCGCCUGCUCUAUCGAAAUGGACGCCGACCCCAUCACUGAGGCGAUCCUGUCCCCGGAGCUGUCGGGCUCACUGCUGUCAGUGCACUCGGCGCCGCCGGAGCAGGGCGAGCGGGAACCGCGGGAGAGACCACACAGCCUACUCCUAGAGCUGCCGCUGGCUACUCAAGUGGGUGCGUACCUCUCGGCGAUGUCGCCGACGGAGCAGGAGGAGGACUCGCUGCUGACGCUGUCGUCCGUCACGGCGCGCCCGCUGCUCGCCGCCUCCCGCAACCUGCGCCCGCACACGCGCACGCCGCCCGAGUCGAGUUCAGCGCUAGACGGCGGGUACGGGUGGGUGGUGGUGUUCGGCGCGUUCCUGGUGCAGUUCUGGGUGGCGGGGCUGUUCAAGUCGUACGGCGUGCUGUACGUCGAGAUCAUGGAGACGUUCCCCGACAGCUCCGAGUCCGUCGCCUCCUGGAUCCCCGCCGCGCUCUCCACGCUGUGUUUGGCUCUGGCGCCGCUGUCGUCGGCCCUGUGCGAGAAGUACUCGUGCCGGCUGGUGGUGUUCGUGGGCGGGCUGUUCUGCGGCGCGGGGCUGGCGCUGUCGUACUUCAGCUCGGGGCUGCUGCAUCUGCUGCUGACGUUCGGCGUGAUGACCGGCAUCGGCGGCGGGCUCUCCACCACGCCGGGCAUCGUCAUCGUCUCCCAAUACUUCGACAAGCAUCGAGCACUGGCGAACGGCAUAUGCGUGAGCGGGACAGCGGCAGGCAGCUUCGUGUUCCCGAUGCUGAUAGAGAAACUAGUGGAUACUUAUGGACUACACGGAACUGUGCUUUUACUUGGUGGCGGCAUGCUGCACGUGUGCGUGUCGGCGACGCUGUACCGACCGCCGCCCGCGCCGCCCACUCCCGCCGCGCCCCCCGCCCCCUACACGCCCGCCACCACCACCACCGAGAACACCACGCUGCUCGACCUCCCUUCCGGUAAGGAGGUGUCGGACAACAGGCUUCACAAUCUGUUCCACCCGGAGGAGCGCAAGGGCUCGCUGCUGGAGGACAAGCGCGGCUACCUCACCGAGAUCAUACACCCCAGCCUGCUAGAGGUAGCUCGGCCGCCGCUGCAGUCGCAGCUGUCAGACUCGGAGGACUCGGAAGGACUGGAUGUUUUGGGUGUUGUUGGCGUGCCGCGCGGCGUGGUGCGGCUGCGGCUGCGGCCGACGCGGUCGUCGUCGAUCCUGCACUCGGUGGAGGACCUGUCCACCGACAGCACCUGCGUCUACAAGGCCACGCAGCGGAAACUCAGCCGAUCUCUAUACAUAAAGCCGCCGCUGCCGUGUCGCAUCGUGCCCAGCAAGGUGGUGGAACCGGAACAGAAGGAGGAGCAGAAGAAACCGGAAGUUGAGAUUAAAGAGGAAAACAAGAGAUGUUGCGGACAGAUUUCCAAAUACCUGGACGUGUCGCUGCUGCGGUCGUGGCGGUUCGGGCUGCUGUGCGCGUCGGUAGCUCUCAUGUCGUGCGGCUCGCCGUACGCGCUCUACUACCUGCCCGCCUACACCGUCGCCCGCGGACACUCCAAGUCCGCCGCCGGUCACCUGGUGGCGAUCAGCGCGGUGCUGGACCUGUGCGGGCGGCUGGGGCUCGGCUACCUGUGCGACCUGCACCUGUUUUGCAGGAGAAAGGCAUAUAUCAUCAGCAUCCUUGUGGCGGGAGCGGCGGUGCUGAGUCUACCCAGCUUAACCUCAUGGUGGGCGCUGGCCGUUGCAUCAGGCGCGUACGGGCUGUGCCUGGGGUGCUGGUUCCUGCUGGUGCCGGUGCUGCUGGCGGACUCGUUCGGCACGGCGCGCAUCGCCUCCUCGUACGGCCUCGUGCGCAUGUUCCAGUCCCUCGCCGCCGUCUCCGUGCCGCCCACCGCUGGAUUACUGCGUGACGUCACAGGCGGGUACUCGUGGUGCUUCUACGGCAUGGGUUCCUGCAUGGUGCUGGGCACCAUCCCCGUGCUGGCCUUCCACCUCACCGCUCGCGAAGAGGAGGAGACAGAGUGAAGAGACUAUAACUGUAUGAAGACAAGAAGACAAUGUUAAUGGAACACCAUUUGAAAUGACAUGCGGUAAAUGAACAUCAAUUGCCGUAAGAUUUAAAGCUAUCUUUCAUGCCAAAUCGUUCUGUAUAUUGUACGAACUUGUUGUGUAAGUUAAGCACUGUGACAAGGUCCUCUUAAAGUGUAUCCAAACGGAAGGAUCUAAUGCCGCCAUCUUGUAAAAUGGCACAUAAUGGAUCUGUGACCAUGCCCUCCUGCUAAUGUCAUCGUAUAGGUCCUUGCAGCACUGUAACAAGUUAUACUCUGAAGUUGGUUGCAAGUUACCAAAACUUGAGCUAGCUCAGCUAACUUGGAGUCUUUUGGCUGUUGAUUCUGAAAAAAUCCUUUUCAUCUGCAACUAAAUGUAGCAUUUGAUUUGAGCUUCCUCUACAGGGAAUCAAUAAUACUCACAUACGCAUAUAAUUCUAAUACCUUUAGAACUUGUCCAUAGACUAUACCAAUUGGAUGCGUAUACCUAAUUUAUAUGACCUCCCUCUAAACUCACAGGAUCUGACUUUUUUAACAAUCUAAAGGUGGCUUUUCGAUCCUCGCGACACGCAACCGCGACG